AUGGGAAUAAAAGAUCGAAUCGGAUCACCAUUGGGAAGCGAUGUACCCAUAAGAGAUAAUCCACUAAGGAGGCGUUCCACCAUCGACGAGUUUCUUGAACAACUCGGUGAUGGAGGAGGCGUGAUCCUGACUUGGCCCUUGUUCGAGAAGUCAGACAAUGGCGACAAAUGGGAGGAUCGAUCAGUAAAGAUGAAGCUCAAGCUGAAUAAUGACAAACUGGAUAAGACGGAGCAAACCUGCCAGGCGAAGCCUAAUAUCGACCCGGAGCCUGUUAAGAUCGUCAUCGAUGAGGCCAUUCCUCCAUCCAUCGAUGAGACCCUUCCGGCCCUCUGCUGCGAGAUGGGAUGCCAACUUGUCAAAAUCUCUCUCCUUGCCGGUGUCGUGUCCGCGCUCUGCUUCCUCUUCGGCGUACUCUUUUACAACGUAGUCCUCGUUCAAUACGGGUUGUAAGUAUAAGAUUAUUUCUAUCGACGAUCUGAGGCUGUGAUAUUACCUUAUCUGAAUGUAUGUAUCUGUGUAUAAAUGUGUCAAAUGUGUGAUUUUUUUCCAUUGUUUUAUUUAUGAAAAUAAAGAAUAAUUUAAUUU